UUAUUAUUUUUCCUUAAUGAUGUAUCUUCAGAACCUGGAUAAUGGUCUCUUCACUUUUACAAAAACGACUUUUUAGCUCUGACAACAAAAUCUAAUUCCCCAUUUUUAUCCAUUUUUAGCCCUUCCCUUUCCUCUCUCCUACCUCAACAACCCCCAUUUUUCUCCUUCAAAGAAUUAGGGUUUUACAGGAAAAUGGAGCAAGUAAUUUCAAAUCGAUUCGAAGAUCAAAAUCAAGUUGCGAUUACGGAAGAAGAUGACGACUCCUUUGACACUGACACUGAGGAAUUCAGUAAUGGCGAUGAAGAAAUAGAGGUGGAAGACGAUGAAGAUGAAGAUAAAGAAGCGCAUGUUAGCAUAGCAAUUCCUGGUGAUGCGAUGAACAUUAAGAGUAAUUUGACAUCUGGUGCUUCUUUGAUGUGCUCUGCUUCGUCUUCGUUGGUUCGGAGAAAAACUGGUGAACUUACUAUUGCUUUUGAAGGAGAAGUUUAUGUAUUCCCUUCUGUUACUCAUGACAAGGUGCAAGCAAUUUUAUUACUCUUGGGAGGCCGUGACUUUUCAACUAGUGUACCUACAUCGGAGUUCCUACUCCAGCAGCAUGACAUGACAACAGGUGAUCUAUCAUAUGGCCAAAAAAUAUCCCAUAGAAUCGCAUCUUUGGUUAGAUUUCGAGAAAAGAAGAAAGAAAGAUGUUUUGAUAAGAAAAUUCGUUACACAUGCCGAAAAGAGGUUGCUCAGAGUAUGCGCACUUGUCAACACUGUGGAAUUAGUGAUAAGUCCACACCAGCUAUGCGUCGAGGGCCAUCUGGUCCCAGGACUCUUUGUAAUGCUUGUGGGCUAAUGUGGGCGAACAAGGGAACCCUCAGAGAUCUUUCAAAGACAGGGAGGAUUGUACCAUUUCAGGGUGACCGGGACACUCCGAGUGAUAGAAAGCCUUUAGCAAUGGAGCCUGGUAAUUCUUAUGGAAAUCAAGAAAUGCAGAGAUGCGCAGAGGGUAUUGCCAUGCAUGGAAAGUUAAAUAAGGGCACAAGAGACUUUUGAAGAGCUUUGGAAGAACCCAGAAGAAAGUUAUUAAGGAAUGUUUUAUGUUAUUUUGUUAUUAAUUUGUUCAUGAGUUAGUUUGUUAUUCUUGCAAAAGAAGGCAUCCUCAUAUUCAUGUAUAUAUAAAGAAGGGGAGGGAAGGAAAGGAAAUCAUGAUUUGUAUUGACAUUCAGUGUGGUUACGCAUUUGGGAGCCUUGAGCAGCUCAAAUAGCGCAUAUAUCCUAUUACAUAAUGCAAUCAUUUUCUUAUUGAUUGCCAAUUCA